GCGGGAGCGGCGGGGACUCCUGUUCUGAGGCGUAAAACUGUGGUCGUCGGCCAUAGGGGUGUUUUUCAGGUGUGAGGAGGGGAGCGUUUGUCCCGCGCGGGAAUGUGAGCCAGGGGUUAUUCUUGACCUGUGAGAAAACAUCGAAAAAUGGUGCCCUCAGGAAGAAAACAUACCGGGAAAUCUGGGAGGACAUUCAUGGAGGAUCAGGUUAUAAGAGCCUGUGACUUUGAGAAAGCAGAUAAAAAACAUCUGAUUGGUUCAGAGGAUGUCAUCGAAGGGAAGACUCCAGUACUUGAUAAACAUGGGAAGAAAAGGACUUCUGCAGGAAAAGUUGAAGACGUGGGGGGUGAAGUACAGAAUAUGCUGGAAAGAUUUGGAGCUGAUAUUAACAAGGCUCUUCUUGCCAAGAGAAAAAGACUAGAAAUGUAUACCAAGGCUUCUCUCAAAACCAGUAACCAGAAAAUUGAAAACAUUUGGAAAACCCAACAAGAGCAAAGGCAGAAGCUUAACCAAGAAUAUUCUCAGCAGUUUCUGACUUUGUUCCAGCAGUGGGAUAUAGAUGUGCAGAAAGCUGAUGAACAAGAAGAAAAACUAACUAAUAUGUUUCGACAGCAACAGAAAGUUUUUCAACAGUCUAGAAUUGUUCAGAACCAGAGACUGAAAACAAUUAAACAAUUAUAUGAGCAGUUCAUAAAGAGUAUGGAGGACUUGGAGAAGAAUCACGAUUAUCUACUUACUGGUGCACAAAACGAACUUAGAAAAGAAAUGGCUAUGUUGCAAAAAAAAAUUAUGAUGGAAACGCAGCAGCAAGAGAUGGCAAAUGUUCGAAAGUCUCUUCAGUCCAUGUUAUUCUGAUGACUCUUUGAAGGAAUAACUUGAACCUAAGUAAUAUGAUACAAUUAUAACAUUAGCUAAGAGGCAUGUAAGUUUUUAGAGUGGUUGAAAAUUCUGGUUUAAAAUAUUACAUCAUAUUAAUCAUUAGCUUAAGUGCAAGACCCUUCUUCUUCACCUCCAAAUAAAAUAAUGAAGUUAUGUGAGUAGCAGCAAUUCCUGAAUUAUAUGUACCACUGUGCUUUCAGCUCUUUAAUACUAAUAGUGAUUUUUUCUAACAUUUGUCAAUUAAC